UGCGCAUGCGCGUUAUCUUCACGGACGGAGAAACAGACCUCACAACAGGAAAAAAAAGUGUUAAAGACAAAGGACCGGACAGCCUUUAGGGAAAGCAAAAACCAGCUCAGUUAGUUUCCUAGACCGUUUUGUAGAGGUUCGACUGUCUCACCACCGGUCGGAACCGGACGGAGCAACGUGAGAGAAGCUUCAUGUUCAGCUUUCUGGUGAUGGAAAGUCCUGCAAAACGGCACGUCUGCUGACUGGAGGGACACAACGGUCAACGCACACAAACACUCACAGGAUGGAGGAAGUGGAAACACACAAGAGAGGGAUGACAACUUGAUUUAUGAUUUUUAUCGGAGGAUCCCAUUUUCCUCAUACUUUUUAUUUUUCCACCCCUGUCUAAAUUCUGUCCUGAAUUCUACUUUCUACGUCCUCUCCAGUUGAGAGAGGUGGUGUUUAUUUACCUUCCACCUUCCUCUGAGAGCCUACAUAGCAACACACAGACUCCUCUCUUCCCGGAGGUCGAGGGGGCUGCCAUGGGAACGGCUGUCCUGCCUUCAAUGUAGCAUCCUGAGGGCAGUAGUGGUGGAGCUGGAGGAGGAGGACGUGGCGGUGGUGGUGGCGGCGGCGGUGGUGAACGUCCACGGAUGGGCAGUACUCCGUAUCCAGCCAGCGAGUGGAAGGAGAAGGGCCGAGGCGGACUGCAGGAGCUGGGCUGCAUGCCCUGGAAGGUCAGCAAGCAGAAAGCUGCCGGAGGAGGGGGGGAAGCGGUUUCAGGAGCAGCGGAGAGGAGGAGCAAGGAUCCGAGGGACGGUCAGCUGCAGCAGGAUCUCUCGUCGUCGUCGUCCUCCCUCUCCCCGCCGGCUCCCCAGCAGACUUCUCCGACAACUCCGGCCAUAUAUCACGAGAAGCAGCGGAGGGAGCUGUGUGCAUUGCAUGCGCUCAACAACGUCUUCCAGGAUGGGACAGCCUUUAGUCGGGACACCCUGCAGGAGAUAUACCAAAGGCUAAGUCCCAGCACUAUGGUGACGCCUCACAAAAAGAGCAUGCUGGGAAACGGGAACUAUGAUGUGAAUGUCAUCAUGGCGGCAUUGCAGACCCGAGGGUUUGAGGCAGUCUGGUGGGAUAAAAGAAGGGAUGUUGGCAGCAUUGAGCUGUCCAACGUGGAGGGCUUUAUCCUCAACGUGCCGUCCAACCUGCGCUGGGGGCCCCUCCGGCUGCCACUUAAACGCCAGCACUGGAUUGGAGUCAGGGAGGUGGGAGGUGUCUACUACAACCUGGAUUCUAAGCUACGCAACCCUCAGCCUAUUGGCAGUCCUGAUGAGCUCAGGAAGUUUCUCCGUCAGCAGUUACGAGGGAAGAACUGUGAACUCCUGCUGGUUGUCUCAGAAGAGGUGGAGGUCCACCAAACAUGGCGCUCCGACAGCUGAGGGUUCAACCAGCCAAUCGCAUCAGCCAAACGGGCCUGUCGCAGGACGAACUGGAGACGAAGUAGCGUUGUGCACCGCCAAUUGCAUCGAUGCACUCUUGCAGUUGUAAUUCCUCCCCACCCAGCCUGUUUUUUCUUCUUCUUCUUCUUUUGGGUUUUGUUUACACGGUCAUUGCUGAUCACUUAGCUGAUCCGAGACACAAAGUAAUGAAGGAGGCAAACACUUUAUAGAGCGAAUCAAAGAAUCACAGCUGAGACUAUUCUGUUCCUUUUUUAUAUUUCGAUGCUUAUUUUUUCUGUCUUGCCCUUUUCAUUUUCCCAAAUUUCUAAAGUUGUGAGAAUUUUGGACCUAAGGAAAAUGCAGAUUUUUAUGUUUAUUCUUUUUUCCUCCUCUUUUUUUAAUGUUUUAUUUUACUCCAUAUUUUCCCAUCUUUCUCACCAAAGUGCACCCUCACCUCUUUUUCCCUCAUCUCCAUCUCAUCGAAUCCCAGCGCAGAGAGAGAGGUUUUACCACAUCGCCAACUGUGUGUGUUUCAGCAAUUCCCUACACUUGUGGCACCGACUCACCCUUUACUGUAGAAUCUUUGUCAAUGCAACACUUUUUAUAUUAUGACAACAAAGCAAUGCAACACUCAGGCCAAGUACUCCCUCUAGUGGAUAUUUGCUCCAGCUUGCUUGUAUCGAUGAUCACCUAGUCGUGUUUUUAAAUUUCUUCUCACUGUAUAGACGCUUCUGUAAAGGAAAGAAAUAUGUUAUUUGUUUAAGACUUAUUGCACUACACACAAACAUUGCCUGUCAGUAAAGAAAUAUAUAUUUUGGGUUUGAUGCUAAAACUCUCUUCCUCUUCGGAUCAAAUGCAGCAAAAUGCAUCUACUAAUUCAGGAGGAUAAUUUUCAUGCUGUGAGUCAUGCUGACUUCAGAUUUAACGUUUACCUGCAAAACCUUUUACUGAGUGAAUUUAUUUACUCCUACUGACCGAAUGAUCAACGGUAAAAAUCACGACUGUACACUAAAGGUUUGGACGCUAGCUCUUUAUCACUCAAAUGCCUCCCUUUGUCCUGAUUUGUUGUUGCCAGAGUUUUUUUUUUUGCCUCAGUGACUUUUCCAAAGGGUCCCAAUCACAGCAGCCCUCUGUAGCACAGGAACUCAGCAGAUAAAGGGCUUUUCCUCAUCUUCCUGUAGUUUUUUUUUUUUUUCCCCAUAUAUGAAAAGCAGCCAAACACAGCUUUAAAAGGAAAUCACUGACUGUCUCAGCAAGUUAUUGACUGUAAUCGGAGGAAUCUCGGUCAAAGGAAGUAGUUUUUAAAGCGUAGUUGAGUGAAGAAAGUUAUUUGCUUGUAAACCUGAAAAGACCUGGAGAGCAAAAAAAAAAAAAAAGUUUUUGCAGGUAUUAAUCUAGAAAGUCGGAUGAAAAGUGAAAGUUGUUGGCGAUCUGGUGUCGUGUCUAAAGAAAGAAAAGAUUUACGGUAGUUUGUGAGGUGAUUAAAAGUUCUCGUCUCCAAUCGUUAAAAUCUUCGUUUAUACAUGUUAGUGGUUGAAUUGGCCUUAACUUGUUUACAUAAAAAGUAUGUAGAUUUUGGAGUUUGGCGCCAUAUCAGAAAAUCCAAAGGAGCAGUUUGUUAUAUUUGGGAGGUGAAAUGGUAGACGCCCUUCCAUUUUUGCAGAGCAACUACUCCCAUGAUGAGUUUUCAAUUUUUUCUGCCAAGGAAUUUGUUACACUUCUUUAUAUAUAUAUAUAUAUAUAUAUAUAUAUAUAUAUAUAAGCAAUCCAAUUAUAUAAGUUGUGCAUAUUUUAUUUCAAAUUUGAAGCAACAUCCUCAUGUUCUAGGCCUGUCUAUAAUCCUGUGAUGUCACAUUGCAUCCAUGAGAAACCGCGUUGAACUGUCAGAUAUUUUUAUUAACUGAACACGGACACAGCGAUGUGUUGCACAUUUGCAUUCAUAUGCCUUUGCUUUAUUGCCAUGACAAUCCAUUAAGUCCUUCCCCCUCGGAGGAAUCCUGAUUAUCAGUGUACUUUAUUUUUUCAUAAAAAAAAUAAAUAAAAUCCUCAUAUUUGGCA